UGGGAAUCACUGAAGCCGUUUAAGACAAGAAUCAUUGCGAGGAUUCCUGGUGCAGCAAUGGACUUGGAUAAACCGUCCGUUUGGGGGUCUCUGAAGCAGAAAACCAGGCCUUUCCUACAAAACUUGAGYGUGAAGAGGACCAGGAGAAGGUCCACCAAAAUGGUGGAGCGGAAACAGAGGCACUGCUUGGACCGGCGCCUCAGUGUGUCCGUGCCGGACAUGCUGGAGGUCGAGACRCUCGCGGAGGAGGAGGUGACCUGCUCGAGCGCUCAGGUGCUGUCUGCGUACCCUGCCAGUGACCUGCCCAGCCCCGUCGUGUCUCUGAAAGGUGGCAGUGCGUCCCUGCGGCGGCCAGGGGACGACUGGCAGUGGAAGCGGCAGGAGUCGGUGUGCGUGGAGACUGGAGAUUCCCCUCCGAGGGAAGCACGAGUUGCGUGUGGCUCCGAGGCCAUGCGGGAAUCCAGCAGUGACCUCUUGGAGCUGCUGCAGAGAGCCCGCCUGAGCAGCGACCUGAGCGAGGAGGUGGCCGAGUACCCGUGUGGAGAAAUACAUCUAGACUCUUCCAYGUCAUCUCAAAUUUUUGAUGAUCAAAUGGCUCUCGAGGAAGGAAAUGACUGUUUGUGUAACYUGCCCAGCACUUUUGCUUACCUGCUGACCAUCCACCUGAAAGAAGGCCGGAACCUGGUUAUCAGGGACCGCUGCGGUACAAGUGACCCGUAUGUGAAGUUUAAAUUAAAUGGGAAAACUCUCUACAAAAGCAAAGUCAUCUACAAGAACCUGAACCCUGUCUGGGAUGAGAUUGUUGUGCUGCCAAUACAGAACCUCAGCCAAAAACUUUGGGUCAAGGUGUAUGAUCGAGAUUUAACCUCUUCUGACUUCAUGGGAUCAGCAUUUAUAGCACUCACUGAGCUUGAACUCAAUAGAACUACUGAACAGAUCUUAAAACUGGAAGAUCCAAACAGUUUGGAAGAUGACAUGGGAGUGAUUGUAUUAAACUUGAGUUUAGCAGUCAAACAGGGCAACUCCAAGAGAAAUAGAUGGUCAAAUAGGAAGAAGCGAAAUUCAUCCAAGUCAAGUCUUACACGGAGCGUCCGACUCUCUGAUUCUUUACGCAAGAACCAACUGUGGAACGGACUUGUCACCAUCACGCUGCUAGAAGGGAAGAACAUCCCGGGAGGCGGCUUGGCGGAGGUUUUUAUUUUGCUAAAACUGGGUGAUCAAAGAUAUAAAAGUAAAACACUGUGUAAGAGUGCAAAUCCUCAGUGGAGGGAACAGUUUGAUUUUCACUACUUCUCUGACAGGAAGGAUAUGUUGGACAUUGAGGUCUGGAGAAAGGAUAACAAAAAGCAUGAAGAGCUCUUGGGAACGUGCAAAGUUGACAUUACUGCCCUACCAACCAAGCGGACCAACUGCUUAGAGCUGCCGCUGGAAAAGCAUCCGGGGUCCCUGCUGAUGUUGGUUGCCGUCGCCCCAUGUACUGGCGUCUCCAUCUCAGAUUUGUGUGUCUGCCCCUUGGGAGACCCUACUGAAAGGAAACAAAUUUCACAGCGCUACUGUAUGAAGAAUUCCUUUCAGGACAUGAAGGACAUUGGAUUCCUACAGGUCAAAGUUUUAAAGGCAGCUGACUUGUUGGCAGCAGAUUUUUCAGGUAAGAGUGAUCCUUUCUGUGUGUUAGAGCUGGGGAACGACAGUCUUCAAACACACACCGUUUACAAGAACCUCAAUCCAGAGUGGAACAAAGUUUUUACAUUCCCUAUUAAAGAUAUUCAUGAUGUUCUUGAAGUAACAGUAUUUGAUGAAGAUGGAGAUAAGCCCCCUGAUUUUCUUGGAAAAGUUGCCAUCCCUUUGCUGUCUAUUAGAAACGGUAAACAAAGUUGUUACAYGCUGAAGAAUAAAGACUUGGAACGUGCUUCAAAAGGAGUAAUUUACUUGGAGCUGGAUGUCCUAUUUAAUCCUGUAAAAGCAAGCAUUAGAACAUUCAAGCCACGAGAGAAGCGCUUCACGGAAGAGAACCGCAAAUUUUCUAAAAAGAUCUUAUCAAGAAAUGUGGAUCGCGUGAAAAAAAUCACCAUGGCAAUAUGGAAUACAAUACAAUUCCUUCGGAGCUGCUUUCUCUGGGAGUCCACGGUAAAGAGUGUGAUAGCGUUUGUGGUAUUUGUAGUCACCGUAUGGAGCGUGGAACUUUACAUGGUGCCCCUGGCUUUACUGGUGCUCUUUGCUUACAACUUCUCUCUCAUCAAGACUGGGAAGGUCAGCAGCACCCAAGAYGCCCAGGAGCUCAUGGGCUUGGAUGAAGAUGAUGAUGAAGAUGACAAGGAAUCUGAGAAAAAAGGUUUAAUUGAACGGAUCCACAUGGUACAAGAAAUCAUCAUAGCUGUUCAAAGCAUCCUUGAAGAAAUAGCAUCGUUUGGAGAGAGGAUUAAAAACACGUUCAACUGGACGGUGCCUUUCCUCUCUGUCCUGGCCUGCUUAGUCCUGGUAGCAGCAACAGUUAUUUUGUAUUAUAUACCACUGAGGUACAUUGUUUUAAUAUGGGGCAUAAAUAAAUUUACAAAGAAGUUUAGAAAUCCCUAUGCCAUUGACAAUAAUGAACUCCUAGAUUUCCUCUCCAGGGUACCAUCUGAUGUUCAAAAGGUGCAGCAUGCUGAAUUGAAACCAUACAGCAGCUCCAGUCCCAUUAGGAAGAAAUGGAGCGCGCUCUAGGAUGCCGAGGGGUUUUGGAGCACAACAUCUCUCUCCAUACCCACAUGCGUACACGCUCUUCCCUUCCCUUCUUUUUUUUGGUUCGAAACACUAGAAUCUCUGCUGCAGACUUCUUUUUUUUUGUUUGUUUGUUUUUCCUCCCCCCUGAAAGAUAUGCUUUUUGACACCUAAAUACCUUUCCUGGGUCAUCUUUCU